UUUACCUUGAUAAGCACUGUGUAUGUACGCUCUAUCACAUUGUGCUUUAAAUGUGCCUUUAUUUGACUACAUGCAAACAACAACAAUAAACAGGGCAAAAAGAAACUCCGACAAUCUAAAAUGAAGAGUCCUAUUGAUUUUUGGUUUUUCAGCAUGAGAGGAAAAUACCAAGGAUAAAGAUAAAUUAAAACCCAAUCAAACUCAAGUAGGACAUGUCAACCGUGAGUCAAAAAACAGAACUUCCUCAUCAAGUGGAAGAGUGGACAAAAGAACAUGUUCAUUACUGGUUAACUAAGGUGAUUGAAGUUGAUGAAAAAAAUGCAGACAAAUUGUAUGAGGAAGAAGUAUCAGGAAAAGACUUAAUUUGUUACAAGCCAAAUGAUCUUAAGGAACUUAAUAUAAAGCAUGGCCUAGCUGUUAGGAUUAUCACCAGGCUUAAUGAGUUGAAAAAGCUUUAUGAAGAUGGUGCAAAUUCUAAGUCGUCUGAACAAUCCCACACAGUGCAAGCAGAGGCCAUGCAAGACACAACAUCACAUAAGAAACACUCCGGUAGUCUCUAUCCAUUUGAUCAGAACUCAGCUUCUCAUAGAUACAUUGAAAACUACACAUUACCUCCAGAGACAGGACCAGGCAAUCUGAUCGAUCCAGUUCACGAGUACAAGUUCAUGGGCAGAACCGAUGACAUUCAUGUGAUGAAGAAGAAAUUUAAUAAAGAGGUCUUUCGGUUUGCAGCAGGGUGCAUGAACAGUCGUACAAACGGAACCAUUCACUUCGGUGUUGCAGAUUCUAAAAACUCUGAAUAUGCACACGGUGAGAUCAUUGGUGUCAGAGUUGAAAACAAGGACAACAUUAUAGACCACUUCAAUCAGGGCAUUAAGACAUACUUUGACGGUGACACAGAUAAAGCAAAGGCAUGCAUCAGACAACCACGCUUCGUAGAAGUACUGUGCCCUAACAGCACCCUGUCUGGUAAAUAUGUCAUAGAAGUGGAUGUUGUUCCAUCCCACAGUGUUGUUCAGGGUAAACUGUUUUUUAUCCAUACUCUGGAUGAGGACAAUCAAUGGAAAAAGAGCAAAGGGAACUCGCUCUUUAUCAGAGGGGGGGCUGCAACCCGGGAUAUCUGUAAAAUUGCCAACCCAAAAGACUUUCAAUGUGAAAUAGCCCAAAUAAACACACAAUUGAUUGUUCUAGACAAUAGGAGAAAAGAGGCGGAAAAAAGACCUGAAAGCAAGAGAAUGUCAAAUCAGGGGGAAAAGCUGAAGAAUCUUUUGACAUGUGGAGGAAACAUGCUUGGCCAUUAUAACUACUACAUAAUUGUAACAAACAAAAGCCACUCUGAACAACUCCAGCAUCUUCAGUUCAUGACAACACUGAAACUGUUUUGUGUUCUUGACUUUGAUCCAAACUCUAACUCCAUAGAUGGGUGCUGUCACUACUACAGAAAAGAUAGAAUUGCAAAUCUUCACAAACCAAGUCAGUUCAUUGGGGAUCCAGGAACUGUGGUAAAUACUCUUAACUUAUACAAACAACCUAGUUGGGUAUUUUGUAAUGGCAGAAAAGACCUUGACAAUGAUGCUGACAAACCCCUCCAACCAAGCGAAUGGUUAAGAAACAAAGCAGGAGAAGUACAAGAUAUGAUCUCAUUUCUCUGUAACUCAGAGACACUUCCAAGAGGACGGUUCUUAGUCAUAUUCCUCCUGCUUUCAACAGCUGAAGCCAUGAAUGAUCCAAUUUUUGACACAUUCAUGUCAUUUUAUAAAAACCUUGGAGGUACUGACGACAUUCUAAGUAUCUGCACUUCAUAUGCUUCCUUUCAGAAAUGGAAGGAUUUCAUUCAAGCCAGAUGUGAACAUGACAUUAGUCUGCAGAGUAUAUACGACCUGGAGCUCAGCGAAAUCAAUGGCACAAUACUGAAACUGGGAGGAAAUAAGUCAAAUGCUAAAAGACUUCUUCCAUCUGCUGAAGGAAGUUCAGUGGUUCUCCAACAGAAAGACGAGGACCUAAUGACAUCCCUUGAUGUACUAUGUGAAAAUGAAUGUGAAAACAUAUAUGAUGAGAGCAGUGCAGAAUUUAAAGACUUCCGAAUAAUAACCGAGACUGAGUUUUAUAGAGGAGGCAAAGUGAAAUGGUGGAACUUCUAUUUCUCAGAGCUACCUGAAGCAAAACCAUUUAUAAAACGCGACAAACACUUAUCACUUGAGAACACCAUCAGAUCUCAGACCAAAGACUCCAGAAACACUUGCGUCAUGGUGAAUCUAUUUCAUCAACCGGGCUGCGGUGGCACCACCAUGGCCAUGCACCUACGAAAAGAAUUCAGAUGUGCCGUGUUAAAGGACAACACCGUCUCAAAAGAAGAAGUAGCCCAACAUGUUGCUCACUUGAUGCAGUGUGGGAAAAAUGAGCAGUCGUUCAAAACGCCAGUCCUGCUAUUAGUGGAAAACUCAGAAGAAACAGAGAACAAAACAGAACUCCAGAACCCUUUGAGGAAAAUCACAGCAGAAACGGGUACAUUUGUCAUCAUCCUAAACUGCAUACGUACAAACCUUCCAGAAGUUAGAUACAAGGAAAGUGUUAUUGACAGUGUGUUCAUUAAAGCAGCGCUGACGGACAAAGAAAAAUGUGCUUUUGAAAAGAAGCUCAAAGAACUUCAAGAAAUCGAGUCUUUCACAACAGAGAACUUCUACAGCUUCAUGAUCCUGAAAUCCAACUUUGACCCAGAAUACGUUGCAAACGUUGCUUCUAACAUCCUGAAAGAUUUCAAAGUUGAGAGCAAGCGAGAACUCUUCUGUAUACUGGCUUUGUUGAACUCAUACGUGGCUGAACCUGCGAUUUCAAAUUCUUUAUGUGCAGAUUUUCUGGGUAUUAAAAGUGCAUUAUGGGGAAGAGAAUCUGUGCUGGAGAAAAUGGAGCCGUACUCUUGUUUACUGAUCGAAUAUGCGGCAGAAGAAUACGGCGGAUUAAAAGCAGUUACCUUCGUCCAUCAGUACCUUGCAACUGAAUGUGUCAAACAACUAGACGAGUCACAUAACUGCUCUAGGGCUGACAUAGUCCAUAACAUACUACAUUGUGAUCUCCUGUUCAAAACUUUUGCUGUAAAAGAUGUUCUUGUUCAGUCACUGAAAAGCAUGCUGAUCACUCGACAACGCAAGGCUGAAGGCGACGAAAAAGACACGCUGUUUUCACCCUUGAUAGAGGACAUCAACUCCAAGAAGGAUGGUCUAAACAAAACUCAAGAAAUCUUUAACGCUGCGCUGCAAAGGUUUAAUAAAGACUUCACAAUUCCUCAAGCUCUAGCGAGACAUCUCUACCUGAAUGAAAAGAACUUUGCGCAAGCUAAAAUUUGGGCAAACAAAGCCAAAGACAUUAAAGAAAAUUCUUAUACGGUAGACACCAUCGGACAAGUCUCCAGAAGUGAGCUGAAAUACAAACUUGAGUGCAAAAAGCAAGAUACCAAACCACUGACAGCGAUGGAGUUAAAGGAAUAUUUUGAGCUUGCAUUCACAGCAUCCAAAGCCUUUAAAAGAGCUCAAAACCUUGCAAAGACAGAUGAUGCCCCUGAAAAUGAAAACGAACUUUAUAGAAAGUUAAGCCCUUAUAACAUAUCUGGCUACAUGGGUGAAAUCGACAUGGCCAUAAUAGUUUUUGACAUUAUCAAAAAACUGCCGUUGUUUGAUGAAUGUGAUCCAAUGAAAGAUCAUUACAUUCAGAGCUUUCUCAAGGGAAUCGUAUCCUGCUCUAACAUGCCAGUGUCUAAAACUGAAUCUGGUCAUGAAUUUGUUUUAGUUCUUCAGGAAUACGAACUUUUCCUUAAAUCUUUGAAAUCGCAGGUAAAAGAGGCCUUUAACUUCAUUGAAAUGUACUACACUUACACAAAAGAAAGAGGAGUCGAUGACAGGAAAGACAAUAAGACUCGUAAGAUGAUCUCCAUACACUUUCAAAAUUAUAUUUCACUGUUUUGCUCCUCUGCAGCAGAAAAACAGAGUGAGCGAAUGCAAAAACCCAAAAUAAGCUUGAACAUGGAGAUUGAAGAGUGCCGAAUGUUCCUGGAAGAAAAGAGAGCAGAUACAUUUCCAGGGCUUCUCCAGUUUUUGGACCAAAAAAAGGAGACUGUAGAAAUGAUUGCUAAGAAGUACUCAUCAAUAUUCGAUAAAUCUGCAAUCAAAACAACUAAAGACAAAACAAAUCAUCUGCUGAUACAUAUAAUACUGAAGCUGAUUUAUCCAAAAUCACAGUCAGCAAAACCCAUGGAGGACCUCAACAAGCUUUUGAACGAGAUUUUGCAAGAUGUUGGCACACAGCAUCAAUACCCAGAGCCGUACUAUCUCGCCAUACUUUUACUCUGGCCUGGAAAUGAUGACAGCAGGAAAAUUAAGACUUAUGUUGAUCAACUUAAAAGUUCAGCAAGAAAACGUCUCUCCAAUAUGUCUAGAAAGAGGUCCACAAUUGCACACUUCUUUCUAGGAACAUCUGGCGGACUUCAGAGGCUGGUGCCAAAAGUCUUCCUGGACAGAUCAAUCAGUAGUGUGAGGAAUCGUAAUGUUCUCUGGCAAAGCGCAGAAAUCUUUAAGGAACCCUCAAUAGUAAACAAGCUUCUCCGAGUGAAUGGAACGAUUGAGCAAGGUGAGGUCUUCACAGAGUUUGGAAAUCUUCGAAUCCCAGUCCGUCCUGCUUUCCUUGGAGGAGUGAGAAGUGGCUGCAGCACUGAGAAAGUGUCCUUCUGCAUUGGCUUUGCCAUGGAUGGACCACUUGCUUAUGACAUUAAGUACGAAGAUGAUGGUUGAAACACAUAACAAUGGACUAAAUGCAAAAACAUGCUUCUAGUAGCAUUCUUAAAAGCUCAGUUAUAGUCAGGUAAUUUCAAGGAUUUAGUCAUUUUAUGCAUUUAGAAAAAACGUAUUUCUUUUAUUUACAUUACACCAUAUUUAAUCAUGUUGACCAUGUUUAGUCAAAACAAUAGAAAAAAAUCGGGUUGAAUGAUGCAUAAGGGAUAACAUGGAAAGAGAUUUUAAAGUAAGUUAUAACUAACUAAAUAUUUCACACA